AAGAAACCCCAGCUGGAGCCUGGGGGAAGGCAGGUUGGCACAGCACAGCCGUGCAGCGGCCGCAGGGGGUUGUUUGCAUGGGUCUCUAAUCCUGCCAUGUGAGGAAUGCAAGCAGCUCGGGGAUUCCCAGCUCCUGGAGUGGAUCUUGCAAUCUGCUUUUUCGUUUGGGGGUGUUUUAUACAUGCCUGGUGUCUAGGAACCACUGGCUGGCUCUGCAUGAGCUGCAAGUCCUGCUGACUUAAGUCAGUGCAUCCAAGCACUGGUACAGGGGGCGAAGCCUCCCCCUUCGGUAUGGCAGAGGGGGAAACCCAGAGACAACUGCUCAAGUUGAUUCAAGAAGGACGAUUUGACCUUUUCAGAGGAGAGCUGCAGAAGGAUGAGGAUCUGGUCCAGGCAGUGAGGCGGAAACACUUUGGGAAAUCCAGGGACACACUGCUGCAUUACGCAGCCAGGCACGGUCACCUGGACACGCUGACCCACUUAGUGGACACCUUGGAGAUGGACAUUGAGAUGUGCAAUAAUGACUACAAGCGGCCCCUGCACGAAGCCGCUUCUAUGGGCCACAGGGACUGUGUGCUGUACCUGCUGGCUAAAGGGGCCAAGGUAGACUGCUUGAAAAAGGCAGACUGGACACCUCUGAUGAUGGCCUGCACCAGGAGCAACAUGGAUGUCAUCAAAGAUCUCAUCGAGCACGGAGCUAACCCGCUGCUGAAGAACAAAGACGGCUGGAAUUGCUUCCACAUCGCCAGUCGAGAGGGCCAUCCCCAGGUCAUCUGGUACUUGCUCGCUGUGGCACCGAGCAGCUGGGACACAGAGAGCAAAAUAAAAAGGACGCCUCUGCACACUGCAGCAAUGCAUGGCUGUUUUGACGUAGUGAAAGUGCUGCUUGAGCGGUGCCAGUACAAGCCUGACAGUCGGGACAAUUGUGGAAUCACGCCCUUUAUGGAUGCAAUACAGAACGGGCAUAUAGAUAUAGCCCGGCUGCUUCUGGAAAAGCACAAGGCCUGCCACACGGCAGGGGAUGCCCUGGGGGCCCAGCCCCUGCACCUGGCAGCGGUCACGGCGCAGGAUGAAGCCAUCCGGUUUCUUGUCUCGGAGCUGGGCGUUGGCGUCGAUGAGAGAGCAACUUCCCUCCGGCUCACGGCGCUCCAUUACGCGGCCAAGGAAGGACACGCAAGCACCAUCCGAACGCUGCUGUCCUUGGGCGCUGACUUGCAAGCCAGAGAUGGGAAAAGCCGAUCGGCCCUGCACAUGGCCUGCUCCGGCCAACACGCCACCUGUGCAUCCAUCCUUUUGCAAGCCGGACUUCAGGACUCUCAGGACUGCACGGGAACGUCCGCACAGCAGCUGGCAAAGAAGCCAGAAGUCCUCCGGCUCUUUGAAGGAAUCGAUGUUAGCGUGGGAGAGUGGCUGGCAAGAAAAUAAAACAGAAGACGUGCUGUUGAAAGCGAGUGACCUGCUAAUCCUCGCAGUCCGAGAUUCACAGAAGAUACGCCGGGAUCUGUCAAAAGACUUUCACACGUCUCGGUGAGAUCUCCCAGAGUCAGUGUUGCCCUUUCUGGUUGCUGUGUUAGCAGCAUUUGCUGCUUGGAAAGAAGCUGACGUACCAGACUGGAACAUCAUCAAGCAACACCGAGGGACUCUGAGUAUGGGUUAUUUA